AUGGCCGUUGACCAAGUCCCGCCUGUAGCUGUGCCUGGCCAAACGCUUGGCCCAGCCUCAAAGUACGUGCCCGGCUCCGGCACCCACGUCUACCAAGGCAACGUCGUCUCCUCCCUCCUGGGCCGAGUGACGGUGACGGCGCCAGCAAGGGCUCCCGGCCCGGCGAAGCGGCUGAACAAGAUCACGGCCCCUGUCCCCGAGGAGCUCGCCACGAUAUCUGUCGCCCGCCACGGCCGCAAGCGCGAGAUCCUGCCCGACGUAAACAACGUCGUGCUCGCGCGCGUGGUGCGCCUGAUGCCCAAGCAGGCCAUUGUGGUCAUUCAACAGGUUGGCGAGACGGUGCUUCAGACGGAAUGGCAGGGCGUCAUCCGCGUGCAGGACGUGCGUGCCACGGAAAAGGACAAGGUCAAGAUGCACGAGUCGUUCAAGCCUGGGGAUAUCGUCAAGGCGCAAGUCAUUUCUUUGGGUGACCAGGCAAACUACUAUCUAUCCACUGCUGCGAACGAACUUGGGGUGAUCAUGGCCACCAGCGAGGCAGGCAACGACAUGGUCCCAGUGAGCUGGAAGGAGUACAAGGACCCUGAGACGGGGAUGAGCGAGUCUCGAAAGGUUGCAAAGCCGACUUGA